AUCAACUUUAUUCCUAUCUUAGUAUAAACAAUUUAAUAAAUUACUUAUAGUUCCUCGGGAAAGCAUUCUGAUAAGCACACUUCAUGAACUGGAACGCAGUUUCUUGCGGUGUGUCUUUCUGGUAACCACACUGUUGCAAUACUUCAUUUAUGGUCUCAUCACUAUAACGACCCCCUUUAAACCUCAGUCUGAUCAUUUCAUGUUGGAGUUGACCCGUUGGAUCUUGGUAACCCGCAUUUUUGCUGACACAAAACAAAUACUCCUUCACUUUUUCAUCGUCAUCGAAAUUGCCAAUCUGGAGAUUUUUUAUCGAUUCGGAACUCACUUUGGAUUGUUCUAAACAAGCAGCACUUCUGCGGAGUUCGUCUUCGGGGUUGUUGAAUAAGGCUGCAGCCUGAUCGCAAAAAUUAAAUAAAAAUAUAAACGGAGACAAUGAUUUAUACCUGGGUGCUGAUUAUAAAGGAACUGAGAAAAACUGCUGAAGCUCUCAUUGUGACUACCAACAUUGUUUUCGGUUUCAAUUUAUAAUCGGUGAGGUCUUAAGAAGUGUUGAUAAGUCAUGUGAUGAUAAUCAUCAUGAGUUCAGGAUGUGUGUCAAUAUUUUUGUAAUCGGUAUAGAAAAUUGCGCGUCACUUUAAGUUUUUCGCUAGACAGUUUUACAAGACAGAUUUUGUCACUUAUCUAUGACUGUCAUUUGUUUUAGAAACAAAUAAUUCCUGUGUAGAGCUAGGACUUUAUUACAGAUUAGAUGUUGGCGUUUUCAUUAUCAGUGCGACCUUGACCUAAUACAAGGGAAUUUCGAAAUAAAAUAAAAAUGGUUUUGUCAAGUUUCUAGAAGACACAAAAAUGAUAUCGUUUAUUUAUAACUGUAAUUAAUACUUAACAUUAUGAUAAGUAGUAUCAAGAGUAACAAGCAAGUAAUACAUAAAACAGAAGUAAAAGAUUUUUUGUUGCUAAAAGUUUCUGAAAAUUUUACCCAGACCAGACCCAGAAAUUUUGAAAGUUUUAAUUAUGUACUACUAUUGUUCUCGCUUUCACUGCUUUGAGAAUAUCGUGGUUGUGCGUGGCUAAAUAGUUUAUUGAGUUCAUCCAUUUUUUCUAAGAGACAAGAAAACUGUCUACUGGGAUUAUUUAAACAUUCCAUUGAUCCUGGUAUUUCCGUUCCAUACCUUUUCGCGGUAGCGCACGCUCUAAGACUUUGAAAAUAUGGAUGCGAAUGUAGAUGGGCAAAGUCUAACUUGUUUUUUCUUUUAAUUUGCUCAUAUUGCCGUGGACAAUUUUUCUGAAACCAAUAUUCACUGAAACUAAAAAUGCACUUAAAAAUAUAAAUUGUAAAGAUGUCCUACGAUGUUAUAAGUGUAUAAUUACUUGAUAUGUGAAUGCUAUAAUUAAGAAACACAGAAUCUGCUUCAUUUUUACAACUAAUAUCAUACUCGACGUGUUGAUUGGUUUUUAUAGGUAAUAAUUAUUACUUAUUUGUUUAAUUUUUAUUAUACUUAGAACAAUGGAUACACUUUUAAAUAGCGAAAAUUUUCAAAAUACAUCGAAAACAAGAAAAUGAAAUUGUUAAAUAACUCUAAACAAUUUGGCUAUUUACUGUAAAUAUGGGCAAAAAUACGAUAUUUGAACAGUGUGUAAAAGGAAAUAUUAAUUUGUUUUUAUAAAAAUUUGAAAGACCUCACAUAUUAUUUGUCGUAAAGAUUUAAAGACCAUACUAAUAUCAAGUUUUUUAUUGUAAAAUACAUUAAAGCAAUUAUUACAGUAAGUAUUAAAAUUUUUUCUUAAGAUCAAAUGUGUUGUCUAGCUACACAUUCGUAAAGAAAUAUUCUGAAAUAUAUAGGAUUUAUUGACUCUUAAGGUUUUGUUAUUUGUUAUUCGUUUUUACAGUCCAAAAACUACUUGAUAUUUUUGGCAAUAUAAGUUUAGUAUUUACUGAUAAAAGAUUUAAUAGUUUUUAAGCAAAACUUUCUUAUAUAAAGCAAACCUUGAGGUUUAACUCAUUUGAAACUACGAAAAAUGAAUCUGUUUGUAAUUCUGUUGUUAGGUCUAGUCACCAUUUUACAGACCGUAUGUGGUUACGCUACUUGUAAAGGUGCAUUUCGCAUGUACCUUGAAGAACAGAAAGAAAAAAGCAGUGUCGAUUUUUUGACUCAAUGGGAAGUAUAUCGACAAUGUGAAGUUCUCCCUAUUUCAGAUAAUCGAGUUGCUUCAUUCCAUUCUGAAGUGCAAUGUAAAUGUCCCAAUAAGAAGGAACAAAAUAUUUAUGAAUUAGACAAACCAAAACAGAUGUAUUGCAAAUCUGAAAUUACCAUUGCUCAAGCUGCCCAAGUUGACUUUUCCAAGAACAGACUACCUCAAGAAUUGGAAGAUCUUUACAGAUGUAUUCAUAAGGAAAAAAGCCUUCAGGCUCAGAAAAAAGCAAGUCUUGAUCACAAAUAUUAUAUGUGAAGAACUAAACAAAUAGAACCUUAUGUCUG